AAGGAGGAGAUAAGAUCGGUAUCGCCGACUUCGUGAUGGUGGUGUAGUGACUCCUAAUUAAUGCCGAGACGCGUCAAGGGACCACCGCCCCCACCACUCAGCCCGGCCAGUUGGCAUUGUGACCUCCAGCACAGAAAGCGCGGGAGAGUUCCUAGUGUGCCUGUGAAAGGCAGGGCAGGUGCACCUCGCGGCCAUGGCAGAUUGCUGUACCUAAUGAACCGCAGCAGAGGUUCUGUAGGAAAGUUAGAAGAUAAGCAGUCCAGUAUUGCAGUGGCCUUCCGCGGCACCGAACAUGCUAGGCAGAAGGAAAGCCAAAGGGGACUGCCUGAACCUGGGCACCAAAGAGGAAUUGGAGGUGACGGGCUACAGGGACGACCGACUGAAGCUAGGACUGACGGUGGUGGCGACGGUGCUGUCUGGAGGCCUCUUGCUACUCCUGCUAACGUGGCGCCCUUCCAUCAGACUCGCCUUCACGCACAGACGUUGCUCUAUCAAGGACGCUAACAGACUACUCAUCAAAGACAUCUACAACCAGUUGUGGGAGGAGAAGGUGGUGCGGGACGGUGAGCAUCUGUACUUCAUCAACAGAAAGUUAAAGUAUGUGUGGGACGAUGCCACCUGUACCUUCGCCAGGCUGCGACCAACGGAUCACGCGCCCACUUUCUCCACCUUCCACAAUGGCGCGGAGGGCCUGACAGGGAAGGAAGCUGCCAGGCGGCAGGAGCUUUUCGGGGAGAACUUUAUGAAGAUCGAUGUUCUCUCCGUGUGGCAGCUCCUCAUCCAGCAGGCCAUCAAUCCGUUUUACAUCUUUCAAGUAUUCACGGUGAUCCUGUGGUGCAUUCAGGACUACUACGUGUACUCCUCCUGCAUCGUCGCCCUCUCCGUUACCUCCAUCUUUAUCAUGGUGUGGGAGACGCGGAGGCAAAGUAUCGCACUGCGGGAGACAGUGACGUCACAGUCUGAGAUGAUGGUGAUUCGGGACGGCAAGCGAGUGGUUCUGUCAUCGAGGGACGUGGUGCCAGGGGACGUGGUGUUCGUGGACAGCGUUACCACCAGGCUGGAGGUUGAUGCUGUUCUACUGUACGGGAGCAUCAUCACUAAUGAAGCAAUGCUGACCGGCGAGUCGCUUCCAGUCACCAAGGUGGCCGUGCCCUUGGGGAAUGACACGCUGUUCUGUGAGGAGGAACACAAACACCACCUGCUGUAUAGUGGCACGCAGGUGUUGCAGGUGCGAGGGGCAAUAGAAGUCCCAGCCAUUGUGAUCAAGACUGGCUUCUACACGGCACGUGGGGAACUAGUGCGCUCCAUUCUCUUCCCCAAACCCACUGACUUCCACUUCUACAAGGACUUAAUGAAAAUGUUAUCCAUCUUCCUCCUGCUGGGUUUUGCUGCAAUGGGCUGGAGCUUUUACAAGAAGAGCUCGCAAGGGGACACAUUUUGGGUUACUCUGGUGUACUCCCUGGAUCUGGUGACCUUUGUGGUGCCUCCCCUGCUGCCGGCCACUCUCACUGCCAUCAACGUGUGGGCACAGCAGAGACUCAAGAAGAAGAAAGUGUACUGCCUCUCCUCAAACUACAUCUCCCAGGCUGGCUCAGUAGACCUAGUGUGCUUUGACAAGACUGGAACCCUGACUGAGGAGGAUCUGGAUCUAGCGGGACUGAUGCAGUGCUCCGGGGGUGACUUUAAGCCACCACAGGAAGACAUGACACAUUUGCCACCUGGUGAGCCUCUGACUAAAGCCCUGGCCACCUGUCACUCUCUGGCCCUUAUUGACGGCAAGUUGAAAGGCUCCCCUCUGGACAUGAAAAUCUUCACUGGUAUAGCUUGGGAGGGCAGGGUUGUUGGCCAUUCACUCCUGCAUGACCUUACGCACAUGCAGGAUGAUAGGAUCGUUCGUCAUCUGUUCCCACAAGACCACAUACACACACAGGAAGGCAGAAUUACUGAUCAACAACCCCUGUCAGACAGAAAGGCCUUACAAGAACCAAUGGAGGCCGAGAAUACAGACUAUGGGAUGGAGGCUCAGUUACUGGUCUGGCCACAAACUGCAAGUGAUGCAGACCGUAAUCAGUAUGAGGUGGCCAUCAUCAGGAUAUUCCCAUUUGAGUCCAGUGAGCAACGCAUGACAGUGGUUGCUAAGGCCAAGAUGAACACCAGCAUAGAAGUCUUCAUUAAGGGAGCUCCAGAAAGGGUGGCAGCACUUUGCAGUUCCAAUACAGUUCCUGGUCUUCUGGAGGCAGCUGUGGGAUGGUACACCCACCAAGGACUGCGAGUGUUGGCUGUUGCUGGCAAAGCACUGGAAGGAUACACAUGGAACCAGGCAAAGCUUCAGCCUCGGGAGGAACUAGAGAAAAAUGCAACCUUCCUCGGCUUGGUGCUGCUGCAGAAUAAACUAAAAAUAGAGACACCCCCUGUACUGGCUACACUACAUCGUGCACACCUCACGCCUGUCAUGGUUACAGGAGACAAUCUUCUUACUGCACUGAGUGUGGCUCAGCAGAGUGGCCUAGUGUUGCCCGGCCAACAAAUCAUCAUAGUAAAGGCUGUGAUGGAAGCAAGUUCAUCCAAAGCAGCACAGCAUCUCAAAGUUUUCUACUAUGAUGCUGAUCAUACAAAAGGUGUAAAAAAUCAGAAGCUGAUGCCAGUACGAAGUGACAACUAUGUACUGGCCACAGAUGGAGAAUCCUUUGACCUGCUUGCAAGUGCCCAAGACAAGUCUACAUUUUACCGAGUGCUACAUAAGGGUCGUGUCUUUGCUAGAAUGAAGCCAGACCAGAAGAUCACAGUGGUGGAGACUCUUCAACAUUUGGGGCAUCAUGUUGCAAUGUGUGGUGAUGGGUGCAAUGACUGUGGGGCGCUGAAGGCAGCAGAUGCUGGAAUUUCCUUGUCAUCUGCUGAGGCAUCAGUGGCUGCUCCAUUCACAUCCCGCCAGGAGAAUAUCAACUGUGUGCCUGUGCUAAUCAAGGAAGGAAGAGCUGUGUUGGUGUCCAUUUUCUCCACCUUCAAAUACAAUGUGGUGGCAACCUUUGGGGCACUCUUGUGUGUCAUAUGGAACUAUGAGGUCAAUACUGAGCCUUCUGAUGUCCAGUAUGUGAUUAUGGACCUGAUGCUGAUGACUGUGCCUCCCCUUGUGAUGGGCUGCACACACGCUGCUCCUAACCUCAACACAAAGCGGCCCCAUCACCGGAUCCUCAACUUUGUUACCAUAGUCUCCAUCUUCUCCUAUAUUGCAUUCCAGUUCACAGUGUACUGGGGAAUGCUGACUUACCUCAGCAUGCAGUCUUGGUUUGUGCCGCUGGACCCUCACGAAGACAUUUGGCCACCAGAGAAGUCCUAUGAGAAUACAAUCUUAACAUUGGUUUGCUUCUACUUCUUAGUUAUUGGAGUGUUUGUAUUUUCUCAUGCUGCUCCCCAUCUCAAGCCCAUCUACACAAACUAUGCUUUGACUGUUCACCUAAUUUUUGCUUCUGCAUUUUGCCUCUUUCUCAACUUCUACACUGGGCAAUGGUAUUUGGAUUUUGUGAACUUGAAGCGAAUCCCUGACACUGGGUUUGUUGGCAUUAUGUUUUUCUCCAUGUGUACCAUCUUAGCAAUCUGCUUUGUGUGGGAGAGGUGGUUUCUGUAUGGCGUACUGGACAAGUAUGUCAUGCCCUUCUUCUUGAGAUGCUGUGGGAAGAAACAUCUCUAUGUGAAAAUAGAGGAGGAACUUAAGAACAAUUCAGAAUGGCCAGUCCUUACAGAAGCUCCAGAUUAUGAAGACAAGCUGAUGUUUGCUGCAGAAGAGAAAUUGAUGGAUGGAAUGACAUUCGGAGGUGAAGAAUUUGAUGAUGAUGAUGUAGAGAAGGCCAUGUUUGUCCGUAAGCUGACUCGCCGGCAUCGCUUCAAUGCAACUGUUACACAUAUUUCUGAGAAUAAACGCAACAGUCACUCCUCUUCUGAAGCUGCCACCGCCACCAUCACUGAUGCCUCCCUCAGUAAUGAUAGGCCUCAGGAUCAACACAAGCCUCUCAUCAGCCAAAACAGUGGAGGCUACAGAGAGCCAUGGGAUAGUGUCCCCUUCAGUGAAGAGAGUGAACAAAGGAAAGGUUUCAACCAGAGUGUGAGGCACCAGAUCAUGAAGGGCACUGGUGGUGGUUUCAAAACAUUUAAAAGCAGCAUAAAGAGGCAGGCAGGUUUUGAUGAGAGUGCUGCACAACCUUAUGAAGUAGUUCCUCUCUCUGGUUACAAUGACAGUACCCAAGAAGCUAUAUAUUCAACAAUAUCUGAGAUUCCUAUGAGCGACUACAAGCAGCCAUAUGAAGCAACAGAUAAUCCCAAGGAAGAGAGACAGGAGAGUGAAGAAGCUAAAAACGAGACAUUUAGAGAAAGUGCUGCAGCAGAGACUUGGUGCAAAGAUUUGUUGUAUGAUAUACCAAAGCCACCUAGACCUGUGGAGCAGCCAUACUCCCCUGCAGGUGAAAGUACAUCACACUCCUUUCCUCUCCCUCCUCCAGUAAUGCUAAGUGAAGAGGAUCCCCAUCAGACCAGUCAGGAAUACAACUGCUGACACGAUAUCAUCUCCAAUAGAAACGGCAAGUUAUUUUAUCUUUUUUUUUGUGUAUAAAUGAAUUAAAUAAUGAUUUACUACUUCAUGCAUAAUAUGUUUGUGAACAGAGAACAAAAAUUUAUUGAAAUUAAAUAAUGUUCAUAGUGAAAGAGAUGACUGGUAUCAAAAGAUACAUCUUCUUUAAGUUUAAGAUACCCACAGACCAAACAUAAUUCAUAAUGCAUAGAUGAAUGGUAUAGUUAGUAAGGAAAGCAAAAAGUGGAGUGGCAAUGGAGAGAGACAACAGCUAGAGGUAGUUCAGAUACUUGGAGAUGAAUAAAAGAAAUAGCACGGAUACUAAAGGAAGAUGAUUGAUUAGAUAAAAAAUGAUACACUCAUCUGGAAUAAAAAAAAUUCAGCCGAGAAAGGUACGAGUGUAAUUAUGUGAAACAAUGAAGAUGAUAUAAGUAAAGCAUAUAGCUCAGUCUUUUCUGAUGAUGACCACUCCAGUCUGGUUGCCUUUGAUUAAGCCAGUAAUCUCUUUUUCAAUGUUUCUUUUCAUUAUCCACUUAGUCACAUCACAACACUUGAACUAUUGAGUGUGUCAGUUUCAUAUUGCUUCAAGAGAAGUCAUUAUUCUUUCUUGAUGUCCAUUCACAUAGUUUUUAUUUGGUGUUUGUGAAGAAUAGUUUUCUCUUGUUCUUAAUCAUUUUCCAUUAGGAAUUUGUAUGCAGCUCACUCACUACCAGUUGUCUCUGACAUUUGUGUUAUCUGUUUCCUUUAUGUCUUAUCUUGUAUGUGUGGAUGUAUAACAGGUGUUACCAAUUACCAGUGCUUCGAUUCUGCUGUGGAUUUAUCACCUUGUUUUUGAGCAUUUUAUAGGAUCUUCCUACAGACACUUGUGUUUUUACCGAGGUCACUUGAAUUGUUUAUUACUGUGUAAAACAAACUGUUAUCCAUGGAAAUAAAUCAGGUACUAUUUAAUAAA